AUGUCUCCUGCCGCCAAGACCCCCAUCCACGUAUACCCUCAUGCGCAAUAUAUCGCGAAGCUUGACAUUCUGGUGCUGACUUUUCUGCCGCCGAUCAGGAUCCUAUUCGUCAAGAACCUCAACUACGACGUUGACUCAAAGGCGCUUUGGACGCUCUUUGACCCGAACCAGGAGCGCAUUGUUCGCCAAAUUCGACAGGGUAUCUCUGUCGACUCCCGCGGCACUGCCUAUGUCGUCUUCUGGAAUGUAAUGGACGCGAAGAACGCGCUUGAUAAGCUGAAUGGCUUCAACUUUCAGAACCGGUACCUCGUGGUACUGUGGCACCAGCCAGAGAAGACCCUUCGGUCAAAAACGGACGAGAUCUCCAUGCGCCGGGAACAGUUAGCGCAGCUCAAGCAGCAGCAUGGUAUCGAUUGA